GAAAUCAAAACGAAAGGAAGGAGGAUGGGGAUUAGGUUACAUGUUAAAGGGAGAGUCUUUGGAGAUGGAUGAAUAAACAGUAGAUUGAGCUGGACGAAGUUAGCGCAAGGGAGGGAGGCGCUGUGAAUUAGUGAGUGUGGCAGGCACGGAUGGAGAACUUGCGAGCGGUGGGAAUGUGAGAGAGACAGCAACAGAGGCAGAGCCGCACAGCUAAGUCCUCCUUGGCACCUGCCCCAUGUUUCUCUCCUCUCCCCUCCGCUGUCCUACCCACUUGGAGGAGAGUUGCCACCAUCUGUUGAUUUGGGGGCACGAAGAGACAGGAUGGGUGCCCCUUCAGAGGGUGAUACCAUGUCGGUUAUAUACAGUGAAGUCGCUGCCGACGAGCCCACGACGAACAGCUUUUGGAUGCCCAAUCACUAUCACAGCACAGUAAAACGCUUGGAUGAUGGGUACCGAGUCUGCGAUCAGAUUGUCACGUGUUUCCAGGAGAGGGCAAAGAUUGAACGCAGUUACGCUCUGCAGAUGGAGGAGUGGACUCGAAAGUGGCGGCCCCUCGUGGACGCGAGCCCAUUGUACGGCUCCUUGCUCCGAGCUUGGCAAGCGUUCUUGGGAGCCUCCGAGCGGCUGAGCCGGCUCCACAUGGAGAUGCAGAGGGCUUUGAUCUCGGAGGAUGCUGCGCGCAUCCGGUCCUGGCAGCACGACUCCUAUCACCGCAAGCUGUUCGGGGGCUUCAAGGAGGCCUGUGAGCUGGAAAGCGGCUUCCAGAAGGCACAGAAACCCUGGACCAAGAAGCUGAAAAAGGUUGAGAAAGCCAAAUCUUUAUACCACAAGGCCUGUCGCAAAGAAUACAUUGCAGGGCUACGGGAGAGCGGAGUUCAGGCUGCAGGGGUACCUGAAAUGCCCCCGGAUCGCCAGCGUACCCUGCGAGAAGAACAUCAGCGUUGCAGCCAGGAGGCCAACAAGGUACGAGAGCGCUACGAGAAAACCCUGCAGGAGCUUGAUCGCUGCAGCCCUCGCUACAUGGAGGAAAUGGAGUCCGUUUUCGAGCAAGGGCAAAACCUGGAGCAGAGACGCAUCGUCUUUCUCAAAGGGGCCUUCCUCGCCUUGCACCGCCGCCUUGAUGUCACCACUGACCCCAGCAUCCAAGCUGUUUAUACUGACUUGGAACAAGCGAUUGAGAACAUCAGCGAUCAGGAGGACCUCAAAUGGUGGCGUAACCGGCAUGGACCUGGGAUGGCGAUGAACUGGCCACAGUUUGAGGGAUGGAGCCCUGACCAGGAACGGCCCACGGUGAAAAUCAAGAAAACCAAAGAGCCUGAGAAAGCCACUCUACGCAGCAUUGCCCCUUCCCAGAGCAGUGCAAAGCCAGCAGCCGUCUUGGUGACAGGACAGAGGGUCCGUGCUGUGUAUGACUAUGUUGGCCAGGAGGCAGAUGAGCUGAGCUUCAAGGCAGGGGAGCUGCUGACCAAGUUGGAAGAUGAAGAUGAGCAAGGAUGGUGCAAAGGGGUGACAGACAGCGGGCACGUGGGGCUGUAUCCUGCCAAUUAUGUCGAACCUGUACAAGGCUAGCUAGAAGGGUUUGGGAUAGUAGCGUGGGGGGGGGGGGUCCGGCCGGGUGAGGGGGAAACGUUCACACCCAGACACCAAUUUAGAAGGGCUAUGUUUAUUCCGAGCGCAGAACAAGGCAACAUUCAGCAUUCUGAGACUCUUAGGGUCUUUUCCCCACCCCCCCAAGUUUCCAGACCUUAUGGCUUCGAAGUUAAUUUAGAAAAUGGCUGGGGAGAUCUCAGAACCCCAGGUGGGCUUGCUUUGCACGGCUGUUGGCCCCUCCCUGCGUGUCUAGCUAUAGGAUUAAUUGUGCUCUGUUUGCAUAAUUUAUUCAGCGGGGGUCAGCCUUUGACUUUUUCUCGGCAAAGAAUGCACAUAGCCCUGGUCUGUAGGCAAAGACAGAUAAACAGCCGUCACCCGGUUCAUAAUAGAAACACAGCGCACUCCGCGCAACUGCACACACACGCCCAGUAUGACUUUGGUACUGUGCGCUGGCUGCAUCAUUCACGCCUACACGUUUGCAAACACAUUGACACACCCUUCCCACAUGUCUUAUGACACAUCAACGAAUAAACCAAGGAGGUUGUAAGCUCUCGUUUGUCUGGCUGAGACAGGGGAACUCCCUGCCCCCAAGGUCUCGCCAACCUUCUCUGGAAUCAGACCUCACAAUACGAUGUUUGUGACUUGGGGAUUUGAAAAACAGAACGAGGAAGUUGCUUCGACGUUGCCGAGCCGUGUUUUACAGAAAUCACGAGAUGCUUAUCGACGGAACGGCCGGACGUGGGUUACCAAGGGCGGAGUGAGACGAUCAUUUAAUGCGUACUUGCCGGUGUAAAAUUUCCCACCCCGUGGAAAUUAACUGAGUAGGGAGCUGGCUCUUUGUAAGCCACACGGUUUGCUCCGAACGUUCCUGCUGUAUUUUGCGUUUGCUGUAUUUUGUUGCUCGUUACAAACACCAGUGAUGUUUUGAUUC